AUGGCCGUCGCCCAGGCCGCAGCGGUUGUCACGCCGGUGGUGGCCGGGGCUGCGCCGUCCGUCUCUCCGCGGCCGCCGUCCCGGGGACCGGCCGGAGCCGGAGGCGGGCUGGGGUGGCGCCGCCGUCCGAGGGGGAGCGCCAGCCGCGGCCUGGUCAUCGCGGACGCGUUCGGCGGGCAGUACGAAGACGGGUUCGGGGACGUGGAAUUGGAAAUCAUGAAUUACUUCACUUACAAGGCCACACAGACGGUACUCUAUCAGUUGUAUGAGAUGAAUCCGCCGGCAUACACUUGGCUUUAUAAUUAUCUUGUCGUCAAUGACGCAAAAGAGGGUAUACAUUUCCUGCGAGCGCUCUCGAAGGAGAGGCAAGACCUGGCAGAGAGGGUGAUGGUCACACGCCUUCACUUAUACGGCAGAUGGAUCAAGAAAUGUGACCAUACGAAAAUGUACGAAAGGAUUUCGAAUGAGAACUUGGAGCUCAUGCGUGAGAGGCUAAUGGAAACAGUGGUGUGGCCAACUGAUGACACGAACUCCAGCGACAAGCAAGAUUGA